CGACUCUCGAUUCAUCUCAAUCCUACGCUGCCCUUUCUUCGCAUAGCUAUGUUGCAAUGCUGCCGAGUAUUUUGGAAGAGAGGAUGUGCGCAGAGCGACACUCAUGUUGAGAUGGUCGCGCGGAUUCGAUCUCAGGACCUCCGGCAACCCGGCAAGCACGAAAUAAGACGGAAUCAGCACACGCCGUAGCCGCGCGACGGACACCUGGCCUGGUCAGGACGUCCAUGAUGCCUUGCUAGGUUUCAUAAAGUCGGGCCACGAUAAAUAUGCGCGUCGGCCUCGAGGCGAUGGCGCUUCUCGCAUCUUGGCUCCUGCCUUUCAUCUUGGCCACUGCCACAGUAGAGAGCAUGCCUCAGAGACGAGAUACCCCCCUCCCCGUGGCGGUGAACGCCCCGCCGGCCGCGACGCUCCCGCACGCCGUCCGGCAGACCGCCAUCGCGGCGGUCCUGCGCACGUCCCCGCUCAUCAUGUCCCUCUACGCGCUCAUGACGCUCGCCAUCGGAUACAUCUGGCACACCCUCUGGUGUCGCCGCUCGGACGCCCGGAGGAACACGAGCCACGGCUGGCGGCGCCUCAACGAGCGCGAGCUCGACCUGCUCCCCACGACCGCCGACCCCGAGCACGAUGGCUCCGUGCCGCCACCGCAUGUCCCGGACGCCAAGCCGCGCAGCUCGCUGCAGCUGCCUGAUCGGGCCGGAGGGCGCUGGCGGCCACUGCACGAGAAACACACGAGGCGCAGCCACAGCGUCAGUAGCCUGCGCACCGUCCCGCCAGCAAUUCCCCGCCCCAUGUCGCCCGCCCUCCCCACAGCGAAUCGGCGUGCAGGGACUCCUGGACCCAGCAGGCUUAGCGACGAUCGCCCGCUAAUAGACCUGCUCUCCGCUCCGCCGGAUGACAGGGCGAAGUCCACGCCCCUCCCUUACGACUUUGCCACGAACGUACACGCCUGGGCGUCCGCAUCGAACGACUCGCUCCCUCUCUCGGACGAUGCGGGUAUCUUCGGCCCGCGCGAGUGGCGGAACCCUGUUCUUCCCGUCCCUGCACGCUCGCAAUCGCCGGCUUCGAGCUCGUCCGUGAAUAGCAGCCACUCUUCUGACGCCUUACUUAACAAAGAUAGGGCGGGGGUAUCGACGGCCACCCUACCUUCCCCCCAGCCAUCUCCAGAAGAACACGAACUCAUCGACUGGUCCGACUCCCUAUCCCCGCCUCCAUCUCCGUCGCAGGCCUUACAAGACUUGAUAAGGUUCGACGAGGAGCGGGAGAAGCAGUCCAUGAAGGAUGGCACGGCGCCUAUCCGCCCCGCAAUGCCGGUAAAGAGGAACGCCAUCGAUGUAGCUGUACGUCCAUCAUCGCCAGCUGCGCCACCAUUGCAGGUGGAUGAACUCUCGCAGGUCGACGCGCCCGCGGUACCCGUCAAGGAAGCAACCAUCGCAGAGGAAACAGCAGCCGUUCCAGAGCCUGCUGCCGACGCCACUUCGGCCCUCCGCCAAGUCAUUGAGGAGCACAAUAUUCCAAAGUGCGAGAGCCCAGCAUCUAUAAGCGAGCCUCUGCCCCUGUUCAUCCGACCCACACCGGAACCCAUCGUAGUGCCCGGGCCAGACGACACGUUGUCCGCGCCGGACGACUCGCUGUCGGCACUAGACGACGGCGAUACGUGCUCGGUCAACUUCGAGGUCGUCACACCCACAGAGUCCAACUUCUCCAUAGCUUCGUCAAGCCCCGAGCUACGCCGCGCCCCACUGCCGGCUGAGCCUGUGUUGACGCCGGUUGCAGAGGUGCCCUCGUGGGCCGCUGAGGUGCAGGAGGCGGUCCAGGAUGAGGAAGAGCCCGAGGACGCAUACUUCGCGCACGCACAGCCCGACGCAAGGCCUGACUCCGUGAACGACUCUAUCUACUACUCCGACACAGACUCGGUCUCGUCAGAGUCCGAGCACGACGCUGAUGUGUCCAGCGCAGGAGACGAAGACGAUGAGCCGGAGAUGCCCGAGCCAAGCGCUCCGGUGGAAGCGCACAUCUUCGUCGACGACGAUAUCCCGCCGUUCUUCCUUGAGUCGCCUGUCGACGAAGAGGCGCAGGAUCAGGAAGAUGCUCAGUCACCGAUGAGUUCGCAGGGCUCGCGUUCGCUGUCCAUCGACAUUGCGAGCCUGAAGAAGCAGAGCCUCGGGAGCGCGCUACCGUCUCCUACGGAGGAGCGUCUGACACAGGACGCCGCGGAGCGCACCCCCACAGCUUCCAAAGCGCAGUCGCCCGUCGAGUCGGAACCAACGCCUCCCGCUAUUGCUUUCUUGCCAGCCGACAUCGUCACAUCGCCUACCAACGUCGUUGCUUCUCCUAUCGAGGUCACGGCGUCACCCAUUGAGGUUGCGAUUGAUUCAACGUCUCCUGCACUCCUGGAGAAGCCGGAGGAGGCCGAUAUGGCGCUCUCGGUCGUAUGUCAGCCUGUGCCUGCGCAAACGCCCACCCCGCCGUCGUCUCCUCCGAUGCCGCCUUCUGCGGGCACGAAGAAGCGCCCGGCAUGGUCUGUGCGCGCGCUUGAAGCCCCGCAGCUCAGCUACACGCGCACAAAGUCGAGUGACGCCAGCAGGAGCGACUCCAUCAGCAAGAGCGAUUCCGCCAGCGAGAGUCACAAGAAGCUGGAAGCGUCUACACGCGCCAGUACCAAGGUUGAAAAGAAGACCGAGGUCGAGAAGACGCCCGAAGUUACGAAGGACGAGGCGGAGCAGGCAGUAACACCCCGUCUCGCCGCGCCUUCGCCCAUCGUCCGUCAGUCAAGCGUCCCUGGCGGCUUCCCUGGCACCGACAUCGAUGACGAAUACGAGGACCCGCCGCUCCUCGAGCUGCCGCCCAAGUCCCCUUCGUCCGAGCAGCAAACCUCGCCGUGGAAGUUCCGCUUCCCGACGCGGCCGGAGCCGCUCACGCUUGACGUCGCGCUGACGAUGCAGCUGCGGCCGGGCAUUGGCGUCAACUCGGACCCCGCCUGGAUGGUAAGAUUCCUCAUGGCCGCGUUCGGCUGGCUGGGCGUCCUCGCUGCGGGUGGCGAGGGCUUCUGAAAGGAUGGGUGCGCGAUGUUUCUCAGCAGAUGCUGGUUUGUUGUCUCUUCUGGACCAGGGCUGCCGUAGAGCGUGUGGCCAUUGACACUUAUCUAUCCGUCGUCCAAUCCUCCCUGACAUUGUAGCCCUCCUGUGUCAUUGUCCCUUCCAUGUCGUCGCGUAACUACCGUUGCCGCAUCGCUGUGUCGUAUGUGGUUCCCAUCCUCGUUUCUCGUGUUCCCUCCGCUGUCGCUGUUGGACGACUUGUUGCUGUUAUCUGGAUUUUCUCUGGACCCUACAUGGUCGUUCAUUCCAUCUUCCGUCACGAAUCUCAUGCAUGCAUCUGUACUUAUUAUACCAGUCACCACACAUACAGUAGUGCCCUCACAUUCCUAUACUGUACAUAGCUCGCGUCCUAAUUAUUAAUGCACUGGUAUUUUCCCAAAUAUCAGGAUGGCUGAUUUCAUUGGCAGGCUG